AUCUGAUUUCCUACCUGGUUUGUCUCUUUCUAUUAUGCUGGUUUCCUUAUUAUUUUUUUAUUGUAUUCUCUCUUUGUGUAGUUGAUCAGAUCCUGUGAUCACCUUUUUUUUUUUUUUUUUUGCCUGUAGCUCACAUGCACACACGGCGAGGAGCAGACUGACAUCAUUUGACAUCCCUCUGCUUCCUCAUUUCAGUAUUAACUGUUUACCAGAAGAGAAACAGGUUUGGAGCUAGGCUGUUUUUCUGGGUUUUUUUUUUGUUAGUGAGUUUUUUUCUCUUCACAGUAGCAGAUGGAGCUUCCUCAAACUGCCCAGUGCUGUUUUUCAUUUUGAAAGAGACAGGACUGUGGAAGUGUUUCACUUUCUGCUCUAGCUGGUGUAUAGUAACAGCAGCAAAGCUGAGUGCCGCUGCUACUCUGCUCUCAGAGCAAACCAGUUCAAGGAUUUUCCCCCCCUCCAUAAAUCAAUAGGCAUGACACAGCUGCAGUUCAAAGAUGCAUUUUGGUGCAAGGAAUUCACUGUACACUCGGGCUAUGAGGUGCUUCUCCAGCGAGUGUUGGAUGGGAGAAAGAUGACAAAAGAUGUGGAGGACUUGCUCAAACAGAGGGCACAAGCAGAAGAGAGAUAUGGGAAAGAGCUGGUUCAAAUUGCCCGAAAAGCAGGGGGACAAACCGAAAUCAACACUCUGAAGGCAGCAUUCGAGGUCCUAAAGCAACAAAUUGAAAAUGUUGGAAACUCCCAUAUCCAACUGGCAUUGAUGCUGAAGGAUGAACUGAAAGGAAUAGAGGAGUUCAGAGAAAGACAGAAGGAGCAACGAAAAAAGUACGAGAUUGCAAUGGAACGUGCACAAAAGAGCAAGGUGUCCCUCUAUAAGAAAACAAUGGAGUCAAAGAAGACCUACGAGCAAAAGUGCAAGGAUGCGGAUGAGGCUGAGCAGGCCUUCAAGAGGAUAAGUGCUUCCGGCAACCAAAAGCAAACAGAAAAGAGUCAGAACAAAGCCAAACAAUGCAAAGACACAGCAAAUGAAGCAGAGAGGAUGUACAAGCAGUAUAUAGAACAGCUGGAUAAGGCCAGAAUGGAGUGGGAGAAGGAACAUAUCAGCACCUGUGAGGCCUUUCAGCUCCAGGAAUGUGAUCGUAUCACCAUCCUCCGGAACUCCCUUUGGGUUCACUGUAACCAGCUGUCCAUGCAGUGUGUGAAGGAUGAUGAGAUGUAUGAAGAGGUUCGACUGAGCCUAGAGAACUGUAACGUAGAAUCAGACAUGGAUUACUUCAUUAAGAAUAAAAUGACAGGAACAGAUCCACCAGUUCCAAUAGGAUAUGAGAAUUAUUAUGCCAGGGAAUCUCCUAGAUGUAGCAACAGCCCAGUCCAGUCUUGUGGGAUGAUGAAAAGAUUCUCCGGAUUGCUACAUGGAAAUAGCAGAAACUCCAGUGAAACCAUCAUUCCCACAGCCCCUCCUAUUGACGAGAAAGUGGAUGGAGUCUAUGCAUCUAUUAAUGUGGGUGAACAAGCAGCGACCACACCAUCACAGGACUACAGAGUGCUCUACGACUAUACAGCCCAGAACACCGAUGAACUGGAUAUCAGUGCAGGGGACAUCAUAGUAAUCAUCGCAGAAGGCGAGGAUGGCUGGUGGACAGCAGAAAGGAAUGGUCAACAAGGAUUUGUGCCAGGAUCUUACCUCGAAAAGCUUUGACGAAGAGAUGCAUCUGCUUUAAGACCUUAAAAAUACCUUACUCUCUAAAAUGGCUCACCAAGAGGAGGCCAUAUCAUUUUCUUCUAAGAUUAUCACUUGAGGCUAACAAAUUGUCCCUGCCUUUUUCUUUAGGCCUCUCUCUCUCCACACUGGAGUUUUCCCAGAGACACUGCAGGGGUUCCCGUCUUACAAGGGCUUUUAUCCCUUUGACUGUUCCAUCAACAUUGCAUUGAACACAGUCCAUCAGCGCCUCAAAGUUAUGACAAAGUAUGGAAAAACAACAAACCAAAUUUCUCCUCAAGAAAAAAAAUUGCUUACAAAAAUGGAAAAUGAGAAAUAUCCCUCAGUAAGUCUGUAUCACCUCCUGGCAGGCUUGGAGCCACUCUUGUGCCAACAGUCAUAUUCUCUACCAAUUAAUUAUCUCUUUCGUUAUCUGCAUAAGUAGCGCAAGCAUCUUUGACAGAGGUGUGGAAUAUGGGGAUGGUGGUGUAGGUAUGCUGUGCUCAGGAUGAAGACAUACCGGGGUCUUAGCUAUAUGACACGAGACAGAAGUUCAUGCAGUCCCCCUCCCCUCCAAAAUGCAUGAAUGGGAGAAAUGGGUAAGGAUUCCCCACCUAUUUUAUCAUCAGAGCAACUAGGGCAAAUCGUAAAGAUGUAAUGCUGCUUUAAAGAACAUUAAAAAGGAUUGUGACAUGCAUUGAGCUAAAGAAAAUAUAAGCCCUUCUACCCCACCACCAACUCCUCCUGCUAUUAAACACCAAGUCCUCUAUUGCUCCAGCCUUGUGUGGAAUCCAAAGGCAAAGAGAUAAGGAUAGAUCCUGCCCCUGAUCUUUGUUGGCCGUUGCCUUUUUUUGAUGGAUUAUGUCAUAACCUUAAUAUGAUUUAUCAUGUUUAAAAGCUAAGUAGAGGCUUUCACUGGAGCUGUAUUCCUAGCCUGACCUGUUUGAGCUCAUCAGGGAGCUGCCAAUCACUCGGUAGGCUUACAUGCAAUUGGCCUAUAUGUUACCUGAUUUAAUCUCUGCCCAUCCCAUCGCCCAGCCUACAUGAUCUUCUCCUUCCCUUUCAGAUGCCCCUCCCCUACGGUUUCCCGACUACCUAGCCAUCCUGCUCCUGCAGCCUCUGAAUCUCUGAGAUCAUUGUCAUGGGUCUGUCCUUGUUCCUUUUCCCUUCCUCACAUCGCAUUCACACUUUAUGAAUAGCAGCUGUGUUAGUCUGUAUUCGCAAAAAGAAAAAGGGAGUACUUGUGGCACCUUAGAGACUAACAAAUGCAUCCAAUGAAGUGAGCUGUAGCUAUGCUCAAAUAAAUUUGUUAGUCUCUAAGGUGCCACAAGUACUCCUUUUCUUUUUACACUUUAUGAAAGUUCUCAUAAGCAAAGCUGGCUAUUUUGUACACCAUAGAAUAGGAAUGUUGUGGAGAAAUUGAUCUAUCAGGUGACUAGUAUUUAGAAAUACUUCCAAAAUCCACAGUAUUUAUCCAAUACAGACCAUAAGAUCCUCCUUCAGUAUUUAGUGAUGCAAUACAAACCUUCAAGAAUUUGCUUGGGGAAAAGACUACUUCCUAGGGAGAGAAUGAACUGCUAAAAUUUCAGAGUUUAAAAUCGAAUCAAAAGUCAAUUUAAAGCACAAAUAAUCACCAUUAACAGAAAAAUCUUUUAAGUGAGGAGGCACUGUGGGUAUGGAGUGAGGCUUUUAAAGCCAGAGAGAAAUCUAUAGGGACUGUUCCAGCAUUUUAGUUAACAGGACUAUAGCACAUUAAUGAACUAUAGUCAGUCCAGAGAAACCCAUAGCAGAUUUUAUUCAGUUUUGUGCUGGGAAACUAAGCAGUGCGGCCCUUUUGGGGAUCCUCUCUUGCGCAUGCGUUCCCCCUCACUUGCCACCCCUUGUACUUCCCCCUCUGAGGAAGGCUUCCCUACAAUUUGCCACCCCCCCACCCCCGCUCCAAGACCUGGUACACAGAACGUCUAGAAGUGCCUUGAAUAGACUUUUACAGUUUCAUAUUAACAUAGAAACCAAAGAGAUGGAGUGAUGGGCUGUUCCCCAGGGCUGGCUGUGGAAAGGCAGAGCCUGAGUCACUAUGACAACUUCUCUGUGGGGCAGGGAUUAUCUUUGUUUUGCUUGUCCCUGAUCAGGGCUUCUAAGCCCUACCACAGUAUAAAUAGUAACAAUAAAAUGCUCCUUACAGGUUGCUGAUGCCAGGGACAGCCUUCUGAGGCCAGAUCUGAAUUUUAUAACCCAAGAAUGGAGAGCAAUGGGCCACAACUAGGGCCUGUACUGUAUGCCAACUGACAUCUGCAGUGUGGCUAGUCAAACAACUGUAACCAUCUUGAAAUGAAACCUAAAGUAUGAGUGAUUUUAGAUACUAGCCUCCUUUAAUAGCAAGUCUUUCAGCCAGAAUUGAUGCAGGCAGACAUUUUGUAGAUGAUUUCAAUAAAAAAAAAAGUAAGA